AUACAUAAAGACAGAUUCUUAUUUUUCCAUACUGCUGAGUUCUAUAGGAGAUUCCUUUGCACAGUUCCGAUUUGCUGAUGAGAAGGAGUGGGAUAAGGAAAGCAUAUGCCAUAAGCAGUUAUCUGCACUUUCUGUUGACUGCCAGUCUUUGGUCCAGGCCCUUCAGGAAUUGCCUCUACAUCUGAGGUUGAAUGUAGCUGCUGAACUUGUGCAGGCAUCAACGCCUGUAGAGCUCCCACAGAUGAAAUCUAAAAUUGAAGAUGGCAAGAGGAGAGAGCUUCUGUUCCGACAGUCUCUGGCUCAAAGUGAGACGGUGUUGGUCUCCCAUCCCGUUGGUGAUUCUGUUGCUCCAUCAGAGCCUGGAAGAAAAAAUGGUCCUAGGGCAAGUGCAGCAGAACCAUUUCAGAGAGCCCAUCCACUAUCAAAGCAAGAGACUGACCAUUUGGAUGAAGAACUAGAUCUUCUCCUAAAUCUAGAUGCUCCUGUUGAUACAGAAAACAGACCUGUGUCAGGUGCAUUAUCCUACAACACAUCAACUGAGAAAGAUUUGAAAAUGGAUUGUAAGGAAAAUGACCCUUUAAAACUAGAUAUACCUGAAGAGAAGAGUACAGCAUCACAGCAACAGCAAAGUACAUCUAAAAAUGUUACUGAGGAAGAGCUUGAAGAUUGGCUGGACAGCAUGAUUUCCUGAAGUUCAAAUUUGCUUAUGUAUGUGAAUAAUUGAAUAUAGCAAACAUUAAGUAGAAAGUUGAAUCUUCCUUUCUCUCCUUGUUAUUUCCUUUAUCUGUUUCACUUUGUUCAGUAUGCCAAACGCCUGGUUUUCUUUGCU